GGCCGUGCGCUCUGCUCUCACUCGCUGAGGCGGCGGAGAGGCGUGUCCGGAGCCCCUACGUCACCCGCAACGUUGUGUCACACCAUUCUCGGAACACAAAGGCAACUUCCUUUAGGUAAUGGCAUUCAUGUAACAACAGCUUUCACUGGCAGGAUGUGGGCUGAACUAGUUCACAAGUCACUCUAGUAACGGGUCGUCUGUUCAGCUGCUCCCAGCUUUUUGGCGACUUUCCCGUCCUUCAUUUUUUUGUGUUUGUUUUCUUUUUUGUCUGAGGCAUGGAAUAAUGGAUUGAGGCUAGUUAUAGUUGAUCACAUUGUUCUUCCAUACAUUAACGACUGGCUAUGAUGAGGUACAUGAGUUUCCGGUCAUCCAGGAGACGUCUCAACGGCUACCCAGUGGAGAGCGGUGGACUGUCGGCGAAGGUGAAGAGGAGCAAGAGCAGCAAGAAGGCCGAACCCAGGAAGGCCUUCAGCUUGGAGGAGGCCCAGCUGGCCGUCCAUCAGCAGAAGAUCCUCACCAGACAAGCCCCCAUCAGGUCGGAGACGUUCGAUGCAGACCGGAGCUUUGAGAGGACCGAAGGCACAGGCUCACAAAGUAGCUUCAUCAAGCACAACGCAACAUUCCACAAGUUGUUUCCAGACAUUCCCGAGAGCGAAGACUUGCUGCAUGCGUACAUCUGCGCCCUGCAGAAGGAGGUGCCCUACCACGGGCGGCUGUACGUCACCAGCACCCAUGCCUGCUUCUACUCGUCUGUGCUCCUGAAGGACACCAAGUUGGUGAUCCCAGUGAACAGCAUCCACAUCCUGAAGAAGCAGAACAUGGCCCUGCUGGUGCCCAACGCUCUGUCCAUCCGCACCACCCUGGGGGACAAGCAUCUGUUUGUGUCCCUGCGGAACCGGGAAGGGUGCUACCAGCUCCUGCGCUCCGUGUGUCCUCAGCUGGAGGAUGGAAGCCCCAACGGCAGUCCGCACUUCUCCUCGGCAGAACAUAGCUUCGAUCGAGUCAAAUUGGUGAACUCCAGCCAGUCUAGUCUAGACGGCUUCGAGCCGUUGGACGGCUCUGACCCCCGCGUCCUCCCUGACCCCUCCCCUCCGCCCCGACCAUACGCAGACCCAGAACCCAGCGGGAACAGUGGCUCUUACAGGAGCACGCACACACCGCUUAUCGACAGCUCGUCGGAGGAGCUCUCAGGUUGCUCGUGGGUGUGGAGCGUGCCAGAGAGGGCCCGCUCCUUCCUCAUCCAGAGAGAGUCCAGCAGCCUCAACACGCUCCUCUCCAUCUACCUAAUACUGGUCGUCCUGCUCCUGUUGUCCUCGGGGUACAUCGGCCUACGCAUCGUGGCUCUGGAAGAACAGCUCACCUCUCUCGGAGCGCUGCCCGAAUUCUCACUACAGGCUGGAUAAAGACGCAUAACCUCACUGGCCAAAGGAGAGAUGGGUCGACUCGUGAUCGGAGGCCUCAAUAGGGACGGUGCCAACUACAAGAUCUAGCCAAUGAGAUCUGCCGAGACGACGAGAAGAACCCGGCGAGCAAAACUCUCUCGACCUAUCAGGCUUGUACCCCCAGAAUGCCCCCCUACAGGAGCACUCCAGGGAGAAGUGGGUUAACACGAAGGGCUAUACUUUCAGAGGGCAGCCGGCCUGCCACAAUUGUUAGACGGAGCCAAACCAACACACACGGACGCCCCCGCCAGGCUGCGGGGCGAUCCUGUGAUUCAAACCAAAGCCACCUGGGUCGACCAUGAACUAUCCGGAGAUGAUCAGCGCUGUAGCCAAUUCAAUGUGCUUUUGGGGGGGGGGGGGGGGGGGGGGGGGGGGUGCGGUUUGUUUCGUUUUCUUGAAUCUCUUCGGUAGCUUGUUUGGUUACUGGAAAAGUCUGUUGUGCUAAUCCAUCUUCCCUCCUACCUGUUGCCUGUUUUGGGGCGUGCCGUCUGUGCAGACAAACCCUUGUCAAAUGUUGGCCUCCUCCACUUGGACACUUGAACAUCAGUGGUGCCACAUCAGUGCACCGAGUGCAUGUUGUUUGCGCGGUGACCUCGCCGUACUCGAAAUCCUCCCACUGCUCCUCAAUAAGGCUCUGUGACCAUCAGCUCUGGGUUGACAUGAGAACUUUUAUCGCCACAUUGAGCUCCUCACAUGAGAGGCCUCUUCCCCUCUCUCUCUCUCUCUCUCUCUCUCUCUCUCUCUCUCUCGCUCUCUCGCUCUCUCGCUCUCUCUCUCUCUCUCUCUCUCUCUUCCUAAAUAACCCUCAGCCAUCUAGGACAGUGUUUCUAGCCGACCCUGGCAUUCGCAUGACUUAAAACCCAUUUAAUGAUAUCAAUGCUCUGCGGCCAUUUUCUCCCUCCCGUGUCACUGGGAUGUCCGCAUCGUCAAUGAACGACAUGAAGACAAGUACGAUGCACAUUUCUCUAAGCGUGGAUUCCCUUUUUCUACUUUGGGCCGUCGAAAUAGUUUUGAUCCCAUUUUAGACGGAUAUGCAUUAAUGACUCCUGUACUUUAUACGAGGAACAGAAAUGGUUGUGUUGAAGCGAGAAAAAAAAAAAAAAAGUUCCUAAACAUUUCAGGUUUAGUAGCACCAGUACUGUAUGUAUUUCUGUAGUACUGUAUGUACUGCUAGCAUGUCAAAAACCAAGCUGAUACUUGAUUGAUUUACAUAUGCACUCUCCUAUAAGUCAUCGCGAGAGAAACGACCUGUCGAUAAUGCUUCUACCUAUCAAGCAAUGUUGUUACUGCAGCAACAAAAUGGUGGUCCGAAAAAAAGAUUUCAAAGUGCAACAAUAAUUAUGCAUGUCUGGAUAUUUUUUUUUAUUUUUACACUGACUGACACUGAUGUUUGGAUGUUGUCUUUUUAAAACAGAGUUUGUAAAAGAGGAAAACCGAAGUGAGGCGAGCAAGCGCACUUUAAUAAUGUUGUAAAUGUACUUUGAAUCCAAAGACAUCACGAUUGAUGGGGGAGGGGGGGCAGGGGGGGGAAUCAGAUGUUGUGUUCUGCUAGUGUCUCGAUGGUGCUAAAGAUCUUUUUAAUUUCUCUCAGGGGUUGGCAGGGGCAACCUGCCAUGGUUUCGAUUAGGCCCUUUUGCUUUGUUUUCAAAUCUCCCGUUAGUCUCGUCUGACACGAGGAAUUUUCCAAUAAUCGAGCUCUCCAUUUGUCAUUGAGGAUCAGUUCAGUGGGUUCGCAUUCAGUCAGUGUGUGAAUGUCAUCACUGUUCAGUGUUGUAGAACACUUGCCAUGUCCUUUCGGCAACCUUUUUUUUUUCUUUUUGUCCUAACUUUAUGCCACAUCUGUCUAGUUUCAACUUUUCUCAAGUCUAGGAUACACUCUCCUAGUUUUUGACUAGAUGACUGUCCCAUCUUGUGUGGUGUUUGGGGAAAUUGUGUUCUAAUGUUGAGCUAAAACAUUUAGACGUAUGCCAUACAGCCGUACGGUCAGACCUCAUCUCUCCACCAGGGGGCAGCAACAACUGAAACCCUACAUCGAAUAACGGGCGCAAUGCAAGAUUCUCAAUGAAGAACGCAGUAUUUGUGGUUUUGCACUAUUCCGCCGUUGUAAAUAAUUUUUGUAUCAAUCGUAAUGCCCUUAAUUGUAAUAUGGUCGUUUUAUUUAUUUGCAUUGUGUGUCAUUCCAAGUAGUCUCUGUGAGAACUGCUUUGGAAUUGUUGGAAAAAUAAAUCAAUUGUUGCAAAAGUA